UCCACACACUCCCACUGAACUCCAGUCAAUAUUUUACAGGAGCUAAAGAGACCGAGCUGAUACAAAAUGAGAGGACUUGUUGUCUUGGUUACUUUGGCCUGCUUUGCCACCGCUCAGCACCAAGCACUGAUUGACUAUUUGGAGCGGAGGCUGCUUGCUAUUGAGGACCGGAUCUCUCUAUGGCACGAACAGACCACCCGUUACGCCUCAGAGCUGCGGGAGCUGAAGCAACAAAUGGUAUCUCAGCUGGAGAACCUGGACAAAGAGAAAGAGGCGCUGAGGAUGAAUCUGGAUGGUGUGGGGACGAGGGUGGACCGAGUUGAGCGUGAACUUGACUACCUGGAGACUCAGAACGGGGCUCAGCCGUGUGUGGAUGUGGACGACAAGCUGAUAGAGCAGCAGGUGACUCUGGUGAAGGAGAAACAGAGAACCAAAUAUUCAAAACUCUCAGACUGCAGCGACAUGAUCUCCAGUAUAAAAGCCAUGAAGAUCUUGAAGCGAGUUGGAGGGCCAAAGGGCAUGUGGAGCAAAGACACCAGCAGGGGCUCGGGGAAGGUCUACAUCUUUAAUGGGACUGAUGACGACACCAUCCACGAGUUUUCCUCUGUGCAAGACUUCACUCGCUCACUGGGCAUGUCUCAGUCCAAGACCCUGAAGCUGCCGACGGCCUGGAAGGGAACAGGACACGUCGUCUACAACAAUCACGCGUAUUAUAUAAAUCAGGCUGAAGAAGUAAUGGUGGUUAAAUAUGACAUGAAGAACAACUCUGUGACAGACAGCGCAGUGUUUCCUGUCCAGGACCAUGUCCCCGUGUACGGCCUGACCCCUGAGACAGUGAUGGACCUGGCUGUGGACGAGGAAGGCCUGUGGGCCAUUUACGCCACACGGCAAAACAGGCACAUCUCUCUGGCUAAAAUGGACGCCAACUCGCUGGACAUUGAGCAGAUGUGGGACACGAACUGUCCGAGAGAGAACGCAGAGGCGGCCUUCGUCAUCUGUGGCACUCUGUAUGUGGUGUACAACACCAAGCAGCCCGGCCGCUCACGUGUGCAGUGUGUGUUUGAUGUCAAUGACAUGGUGACCAACGAAGAUGCGCCACUGGUUUACUUUCCAAAACGCUACGGAGCUCACUCCAGUCUGAAGUACAACCCACAGGAGCAGCUGCUCUAUGCCUGGGACGAUGGCUACCAGAUCCUGUACAAGCUUAUCAUGAAAAAGAAACUAGAAAUUUGAGCUGAUAACCCACCUACCAAACGCUUAAAUGAAUAUACCAGUGUUUUUAGCUCCUUACAAAUCAUGUAUAUUUAAUACAGCUGGGGACCAUUUGUAUAUUUUCACUGUACAGGUUCAGAUUUUUAUGUGUUUUUGGUACUUUUAAGGCAGCCAUUAGUUUCCACCUCAUACUAUUGAAACUUGAAUUGUAUAAUCACAGUAGACAUCAAGUCUACUCUUUUAAUACACGUAUAAAAUGCCGUACUGUGCUACUUCACAACUAUUACAUAAUUUAAAAAAUACAGUUGGAUACAAACCUGAUGUUCAGUAUGAUGCAUCAAACAACUCAAUAACAUUUCAAGAUUCUGCCAUUUGAUUAUUUUCAUACCAGGAGAUAAUAAUUCAUAGAAAACAUUGGCUGCUUUGACGUCAGGAAAAAUACAUUAAAAUCUGAAACACUAAGAUAGUUUUGAAAUAGCCAGCAAUGAUAUUAAGUAUUCAUGAUUUAUAGUGAAUAGGAUAAAAAUGCAAAAUGACUGGUAUGUUCCUUUAUGUUCAAAAAAGGGGAAAGAGUGCUGGAUUGUGAGAUGUAUCUGUACUUUCACAUGUGAACAUAGGCUGUGUUUUAUAUGUAUUUCCAGAUUUUGAGAGGUAUUAGGUGAUGUCUCUGUCUGAGGCACGGUGUUUCAUCACUGUCACAAUCAUAUUUCUAAUCAGACACUGCACUGCACUUCCAUCCAUACAAUCAACUCUGUGUCUACUGGUGGGUCAACCUGAAUAGAUUUACUGUACUGUACCUUACCUGUGAUCUCUUGUGCUACUGUCUGUUUCUAAAGUUGUUCCAAGUGCUUGUUUCUUUUUGUUCAUGCAAAUAUUGUGCAAGUAAAGGUCACAUCAUAAUUUUGAAUUAGUACAAUGCACCUGACCACUCACUUCAGCCUCGCUGUCAAAAUCUUUCCAUCCUAUACUUCAAACGUCUUUUUGCUCUCUGAAUAAAUUGUGACAACUUAAAUCUUGGCGGCCUAGCUGAGUGCAAACUGUUAUGUCAUUUCCAUAUGAAUCAAAUUCAUUGAACCUCAGCUCUUCUCACCACUGGUCAUGUGCACCACUUGUUCUCCCCCAGGGGAAGCCCCUGAGUCUGAGAACUGUGGCUUUAUGGUUAGUCAUUGACAAAGGUAACAGUCAGUGUAACAUCCAUAAUAAGUCAGUCUAAAUAAAGGCUUUAGUGUUCCUGAGCUAGUCAAGAUAUAACAUUACAUUAAUUAAAUUUCAUUCUGCAGCUUUAUUCAUUCACCAGUGUUAACAAAUUUCUAGUGUUCGGAUUGAUAACGUUUAAAACUAACUAUCAUCAUCACAAUAUAUAUGAUGUUGUCACUUAUAAAGCAUCCACAACCAUUUAGUCACUAUGGCAGACAACCUCAGAGCUGCCAUAAAUAUAACUGGGAUCUUAGGAAGAAACAGCUAGCUGGCUAGCACUAAUAUAUUCCUCUCUUUAUGCUUUAUGUAUUCCUCUCCCACAAGCUGAGCACAUAUGUAUUUUGUGGUGUUAACCUUUUACUAAAUGAAAUCACCAAAAGUUACAAAGCACACCACUAUAUGAUUUAUGCCCCUCAUAUAAUGCAACUGUUAAAUAUUAAUUUAUGGCUAUAACAUCUGUUUCCUGCUGUUUGCUUAUAAUAUUCUCAAUUUCCCACAGUUCCUAUUUUCUCUAAUAAUUGUUCAUUAUGAGAAUAUAAAUGGAAACUACACCUGUUAACCCAAGGAGUCUCUCUGUUGCUAUGUACAAUCAUAUUAAAGCCACUGUGUAGGAUUUGAACAUUAGACUUUUUCUACUCUCUCUGUUGCUAUACCACUUCUUUUUUUUUUUCAACCUGCUUCAUUUAAAUUAAACUUCUGUAUUGUUUGACAUUAUGUCUACAUAUGGCGUGACUAAUAAAAACUAAUUCACUCAA